AUGUGCCCUAAAGACCAAUACUUAUUUAAAGAUGAUUGCUUUUCUUCAGCUCCUGAAGGCACUUAUUGUUAAGUUGAUAAAAUAUGCACAGAAUGUGAAAUGGAAUGUGCUAUGACUAAUAGCCAGAUGGAACUUACUGUAAUUUAGAGACAAAAAUAUGUAGUCGUUGCAAAUCCUAAAAUUUAUGAAGAUUAAUGUUUUUCUGAUUAACCUAAUUAAACUUAUUGUGAUUAUUCAUCAGAAUGUUAUAAAUGCGGAAAUGAAAGCUGUGCGAGGUGUAAUUCUACUCUUGAAUAGUGUACUACUUGUUAAAAAGAUUAUUUUUUUUAUCAAUAAAAUUGCUUUAGCAGCCGUCCAAAGUAAACAUAUUGUGAUUAAAAAAUAAACAAUUAAAGCGAUUGCGAAUAAUGCAAGGUUGACGAUUGUUUAUAUUGUGACAUUAAUUUAAAUGAUUGCAAUUAAUGUGAAAACAGUAAAUAUCUUUACAAUAAAAGAUGUUUAAUGACUAGACCAGAUAAUACUUAUUGUGAUUCUAAUAAAGUUUGUUAAAUAAAAAAUACCUUUUUGAGGGAAAAUGCUAUGAUGCUUAGCCUGAAUAAACUUAUUGCAGCAAAGAUGAUUAUAAUUGUAAAAAAUGCAUUAAUUUAGAUUGCAAGUUUUGUAGUAGCGACUAAACCUCUUGCACAGAAUGUUAGCCAAAUUAAUAUUUAUUUAAAUAAAAUUGCUUUUAGAACUAUCCAGACAAUUCUUUUUGUAAUUAAAAUAAUUAAUGUUUAUAAUGUACUUAGCAGAAUUGCAAAAGAUGUUAGUAAGAUCUAAGUUUUUGUGAAAUAUGUUAUGAAAAAUACUAUCACUUUGAGGGAUCUUGUAAAGAAAACUAACCAGACGGAUCAUACUGCUAAUAAGAAAAUAAAAUAUGUCUGA